GCCUGGUGAGAAAUAAUUAAUCAAUCAAUCAAUCGAUAAUUGAUCGAUCAUCCUUUCAUUUGGAAUUUCUCGUGAAUAAAUCUGCAAUUUCUACUUUAUUUUUGUUUUCAAUCGAAUAAUAACAAGAAAUAUUUAAAGAAACAAAAAUGUGGACUGUACAAAAUAAUCUACCGGAAGAAUUACAACAUCAAAUUAGUUUAGUUUAUGGUACGGAUGUAUUUCCAAUGGAAGUACGUACAAUACUUGGUGAAUGGAUUGAAAAACAACCAUGGUCAAAAAUUGUAACAGAAUUAUGUCCAGAAACUGAAGCAUUAGCAACAGCAUUACAACAAGAAUUUAUAUUGAAAAUCAAUUCAUUAGCUCAUACAUUGGAUAAUAAUCAGCUCAAAUAUCGUUUAACACAAGUUGCAUUUAGCGCACAACAUCGUAAUCCGGUUGAUUUGGCUAGUAUUAUUUAUUAUUCAUUACAAAAAGAAUCACGUAUAAUUAGCUAUGCUCAAAGUUGUUUAUUGGAUACAAAACCACCAAGACCAAUACAGGAUUCAUUUCAAGAAAUUAAUCGUGACAUACAAAGGAUUCGUAAAGAUUUAACCGAAACAGAUGAAAUUAUUCGACAAACAUUUCAGGAUCAAGAACAAUUAAUUGUUAAUUAUCAGGAUAGACAAAAAACACAGACUUUAUUACAGAAUGCUCAAUCAAAUGAACGUGCAAAAAUAAUGAAACAAUUAGAAAUACAAGAAAAUAAUCUACAAACAUCGACUGAAACAUUAAUGAAACAAAGAUCCGAAUUAUUGGAUCGUUUACGUGAAUGUAGUAAUGCAAUCAAUAUUUUAAUGACAAAAGUAUUGGAUACUGAAUUAGCUAAUUGGCAUCGUGGUCAACAAUUAUUAGGUAAUGGUGUUAUCUAUACUGGUUAUACAUUGGAUGAUAUACAAGAUUGGUGUGAAGCAUUAGCCGAUUUUAUAUGGCAAAAUCGUUUACAAAUAAAACGUAUGCAAAUAACAUGUACAAACUAUAGUCCAAAUCAAUAUCUUACAGAUAGUUUGUAUAAUUUAAUGGAUGCAAACACUGCCAUGUUAAAUCGUUUAGUUAAGAAUACGUUUGUGAUUGAAAAACAGCCACCACAAGUGAUGAAAACAAAUACACGUUUUACAGCAACCGUACGAUUAUUGGUUGGCUGUAAAUUAAAUCUACAUCUAGCACCACCAAAUGUAUCGGUCCAUAUUAUUAGUGAACAUCAAGCAGCAUUAUUAAGUAAUGUAGCCGAUAAUUCAUUAUCAUUCAUACAGAAUGAAUCGGCCGCUGGCGAAAUUCUCAAUAAUGUUGGUAUUAUGGAAUAUCAUGCAGCCACUACUCACCUAAGUGUCCAUUUUCGUAAUAUGCAAUUGAAAAAAAUUAAACGAACAGAAAAGAAAGGUACAGAAUCUGUUAUGGAUGAAAAAUUUGCCCUUUUGUUUAAUUCACGUUUCACUAUAAGUCAAGAAUUUGGUGAUAUGCCAGUCAGAAUUCCAUGUUGCGUUCAAACAUUUUCAUUACCGGUGGUUGUAAUUGUGCAUGGAAAUCAAGAGCCACAUGCACAUGCUACAAUCACAUGGGAUAAUGCAUUUGCUGAACAGAGACGAACAUCAUUUAUCGUACCGGAUAAAGUACCAUUUUAUCGUGUUGGUGAAGUACUUAGUCAAAAAUUUAUUGCAAAUGUUGGUAAAGGUUUAAGUCAAGAUAAUCUAAGAUUUCUGGCUGCAAAAGCAUUACGUACGAAUAAUGUACCCGAUCUAAAUGUAUUGAUUACGUGGAGUCAAUUUAGUAAAGAACCAUUACCUGAUCGUAAUUUUACAUUUUGGGAAUGGUUUUAUUCAAUAUUAAAAAUAACUAAAGAACAUUUACGACCAUUAUGGAAUGAUAAUCUAAUACAUGGUUUUAUUAGUCGAACUGAAACGGCAAAUAUACUAUCACAAUCAUCAAUGGGAACAUUUUUAUUAAGAUUUUCUGAUUCUGAACAAGGCGGUUUAACCGUAGCAUGGAAAGGAAAAUCACCCGAUGAUAAUCAAGCUGGUUGUUUUAUGUUACAACCAUUUACGGCAAAAGAUUUAAGUAUACGUUCAUUAGCUGAUCGUUUAAAUGAUCUAAAAAAUUUAACACAUCUUUAUCCGGAUACACCGAAAGAUAUGGUAUUCUCUAAAUAUUAUACACCUAUUGGUGAAACAACUAAAACAACAACCGGUUAUGUUAAACCAGUUCUGGUCACAUGUGUGCCUGGUCUAUCUGCAAUGUCAUUGGAAUCAUUUCCAAAUACACCACAAUCAUCAUUACAGCCACAUUCACCAAGUGAUUCGAAUUCAAUGCCAUUUGAUUCAAAUCAAACAUCAAUGGAUUGUACAACAGUCAAACAAAAUGGAAUCCAUAAAACACCACCACCACCACCUCCAACAUCAUCACCAUCAUCUACAUCAUCAUCAUUGAUUACCAAUAAUAAUAAUAUUGCAUCAUCAGCUGAUGGCCAACAUCAUCAUCAUCAUUCGCAUCAUUCACAUCAUCAUUUACAUCAUCAACAACAUCAGCAACAUCAUUUAAAUCAUCAUCAUCAUCAUCAUCAUCAACAACAACAACAACAUCAUAUUAAUAACCAUAAUCUUAAUCUAAAUCAUCAUCAUCAUCAUCAUCAUCAUCAUCAUAAUAAUUCAUCAUCAUCAUCAUCAUUUGAAAUUAUGUCGUUUAAUAAUAAUAAUAAUAAUAAUAAUACGAUACAAGAUUCAAAUGCCGCAUCCACAACAACAUCAUCAUUAGUACCGAUUGAUUUUUCAAGCGAUGGUUUUAAUUUUUGAUGAUUAAUAAAAAAA